CUUUUUCCUCAGGCUUUCAAAGCAUCUCCCAGCAUGGACGGAGCUUUCGUGGGCACUUGGAGACCUCAUCGCCCACGGGGCCUCAUCUCGGCCCAGUUCACCAGCCCUGGACCCAAAUACUCAGUCCAGGGGACAACGGGUUACAUCAACCACAACCCCACCAAAGUCAAAGCCCCUGCGUACACCUGCAGAGGGGCAAAAGCUCCUGCGGAAGGCGGCUGCUCCCCAGGCCCUCGCUAUUACGUGGAGCCCUCCAUGACCAGGACUGGGAAGUACGUGGCUCCAGCCUACGCCAUCACUGGACUUCCCAGGAUAAAGACGGAGAUCACACCUGGACCCAGCGAUUACAGCCCGGAGAAGUCCAACCGACACAUCUUUAAGUGCCCGCCUGAGCCAUCCAUGGCCUUCCGGAACAGGGGAGUCAAAACCGACUUCACUCCAGGUCCCGGCACCUACACCUUGCCCAGGGUGCUGGGCCCCAACACGGCGCACACGCCUGCCAGCCCGUGCUACUCCAUGAAGAGCAGGAGUCAGCGGGAUCGCUACGAUGCUGAUCUCGCCAAGACCCCAGGCCCUGCGGCACUCCCAAAGAUCCAGCUGGACGUUUUCAAAACCAGAGCUCCCGGGUACACCAUGGGAACCCGAACUCAGCUCCGAGACAAGACGGUCAAACCGGGGCCGGCGGAUUACCGCACGGGAAGGGUGGAGCUGAUCAAGCCCCAGUCGCCUGCAGCCACGUUUGGACUGCGCCAUUCCGUGUACACCACUCCCCUGAUCCUCGACGUUUGA